GCAUUGAUAUACCGCCCAGGAGGACAGCAGCGUGUGCAGUGACGGAGAGGCUUUCUGGUGUGUUGUAGCUGGUUGCUCCCUGGGUGAAGAUGACUUGGAUGGACUAUGUGGACAGUUUGAUGGCUAAGUCAGGUGUUGCAGACGUGGCUAUUGUCGGACUGGUCUGUAAAUCUGUUUGGGCUGCCACCGUCAACGGCAAUUUCAGCAAAAUCACGUCUCAGCAAGUUGGAGCGUUGCUGGGUGAUCUUUCGACUUUACAGCAGUGCGGAAUCCAGCUGGGGGAUAAAAAAUAUACUUUUGUUGUGGCUGAAUAUGAACAAAGCUGUGGUAAUGAUUGGAAGUGGCUAACCAUAUCUGCUAAAGGGGACACGAAAGUCUCUGCAGUAGUUCACAAAACAGUCACAGCACUACUCUUCAUAGAAGCUGCAAACAUUGAGUUAAAAGGACCCCAGUUACUUGAAUGUCUUCAAUGCACAGUUAAUCACCUGGUUGAGAACAAAGUCUAGUUGUGAAGUUUCUAUUUGAUUGCUGGUCGACCUCACUGUUGCCACUGGGAGAUUGUGUUCUCUCAAGUGUACACAUUUUGCCUGCAAAAAUCAAUGUGUUAUUGAUGUAAUUUGCAAUCAUUAAAUGUAAAAUCUUCCCAUUA